CAAAAGGAUCACAAUGCCCCACCAGCAGACGUUACUUAUCUCGUUAGAUUGCCGCACAAUAUUCGAUAUUCGCAGCUCCGACAAGUUUACUUACUUUGCCGCUAUCUGACAGCAUUAAAACUGUCUCCUCGAAUUCUGACUUUCCGGCCAAAGUUUGUGGGUCUGGGUCUGGGUCUGGGUAACCAUAUUACAAGGAUAACACCCACAAAACAGCAGCAACACCACUGCCAGCAGCACGCGAGAAAUGCUUCGUGACAAAGAAUUCGGAAAGCUGAAGGGAAACACAAGGAAAUAAAACUAAAAAACAGGAUAAACCUCGAAAAACCAAAAACGGAGGCAAAAUUGAGCUUGAGGAGAAAAACGGCUCGCAAGACACGAUAGUGGAGCGUGGCAGCAGGAGAAACUUUGAAGUUUUAUUAAAAAUACACACCGCAACAUUCCUCAAGAACUUUCCUCGCACACGAAAACGUGAGAUAAUUUACUAGAAAGAAGCUAACCGGACGGACUCCUCGACUCCGUACUCAGUACUCUGUGGGAUGGCGAGGAGGAGCUCCUGGAAUGGCCAAAAAGCGGCAGCGAAGUGUCAAGUAGUUGGAUAAACUUUUGUGACAGCUCAAUUUGGAAGGGAAAAUGUGUGUAAGGCACAACCGGAGACAGCUUCCCGAGGAGCAGCUCCGGAGGAGAAUAUUAGAAUAUUAAUAGCCGGCUUUGCGGGGGACAUCUAAUGAGCGGAAGCCGAGGAUAGUUUAGUGCCAAAGGAGGCCUUGAUGUGGGUGCCCAUAAAUGCAGGAGCCACGAAUGUGUCAGCCCCGACGGAGGACUCGAGUCACGAAAGUUUCGCCAAACAAAUCUGAAAACUAAAGGAGGUCACUGGACCGGCCUUAAUUAAGAAAGAGAUUUGGAUUUGUGUUUAAAGUUGCACAGAAGUUGGUUUAUAAUCAGGCUUUAAAUGAGGAUAAAAAUGUGUACGAAAAGUUAGUUAGUACAUGAAUCAUAGUGACAGGGCACAGUAACACCCAAAUACAUCUGCCACAGGACUAAGAUGCAGUUCACUAACCAGUUCCGCCUUCCGAUCUCCACUUGGCUGGGAAAAUCAACAACACACUGUGGUUAUGGAAAUCAUUUCAGGAGCUCUGGAGGCGUGCCAGGACUUAUGCACCCGGUGCACAUCCUGCUAGGAACAAGAGCACAUGUCCUGUGUUGACAGGCAGGAGAAGCCGACCGGCUAAUUGCCAAACAGUUUUCCAGGCAACGCCCCCAAGAUGUCGGGCCUACGCUGGUCCCCGGCAGCGGCCAAUGAACGAUCGGUUCUUAUAAUAGCACCGGACCACUCUAUGGCAUCGGAAAGAGACGGAGCACCGGAUCGCGGCAACACAUGUUCCCCGACUCUCGAGGCAGGGCACCCAGCAUGCGGAGCACUCUUCGGGGCUAAUUUUGAGGCUAAUUUCAGUGGGCACACGACUUUGGCACGGUUCGCACAGGAUGCCCCGCGGCCGAAAUUAAUUCAAUCACCAUCCCGCAAUUGGCGUCGACAAAUGAAGAAUUGAAUUCCGAGUCUCAAGUCGCAGCCCGUCGCGAUCUCGCUCCCAAAUUAGUGGAAAGUGUUGCACCAAGUUGAUUGAAAGGCCAAAGUCAGCCACAUAGUAUACAGGUUCUCAGCCAUGCUGAACUACCAGCAGCAACUGCACUCGCUGCCCGUCGGCAAUCCGGGCAAUUUCUACUGCGGCCCGACGGGGUCGCACUCCCUGGCGGUCUCCGGCGAGGCCUAUCCGUCCCACUCGCAAUCUAUAGACUCGGACGACAAACUGAUCGACCCGGAGAGCAGUAUCCGGGACCUGGACAAGAUGCACAGGUUCUCGGUGGACAACCUGAUCGAGCUAAAGCACGACGGCUACGGCAAGAGCAAGUUGCCCCUGGAGCUCAACAACAACUACGGCGGCGGCGGCGGUGGCGGCAGUCUCGGCGGUGGAAGUGGUCUUCCCGGUUGCCCAGGAAAUAUUUCAGCCGGUCACUCCAGGAAACCGCGACGCAACCGCACCACCUUCAGCUCCGCCCAGCUGACGGCCUUGGAGAAGGUCUUCGAGAGGACUCACUACCCCGACGCCUUCGUGCGCGAGGAGCUGGCCACCAAGGUGCACUUGAGCGAGGCCCGGGUCCAGGUCUGGUUCCAGAAUCGCCGAGCCAAAUUCCGCCGGAACGAGCGCAGUGUGGGCUCCAGGCCGCUGCUGGACCCUGCCCCCCAGCUGGUGCCGGCGCCCCUGGGGAAUAACAUGCACAAAUAUGUGAAUCUGCCACACCCCCCACCACCGCCGCCGCCCGGAGCUUACGCCCUAAACUUUGGGCCCCUGGAGCUGCGGUCGUGCCAGAACUACGGCAACUGCUACGGCGGAUUCGGCGCGAGUCCGUCCACGGGCAACGGCGUCUGCUCGUUCUUCGGGGCUGCCACAAACUAUUGUGUGGCAGCCAACUACGCCAAGAACGCCGCCUAUCCGCCGCUCUGACGGCCACGGGCCACCGAUGGUAUCUCUUUUAAUGGGCCCCGAGAGGUUACUUCGUGCAUAUGUAUUUCAAUUAGCCAAAUUCUAUUAAUGCUUAAAAGUGUAUUAAGACUAACAUAAAUUCGCCUACCUGACUAAUAUUUAAAUUAAUGACGCCACCAAGCGGGAGUGACAGGAGCUCUGGAAAUAAAGUGAAGGUUCUAGACAAUA